AUUCGAGGCUUGCAGAAAGAAUAAGCACUAAGCCAAGCCCCUAACUGCUCUGCCGCGUGUGCCACUUGUAACACCCAUACCAUCGGUAUCGCUGUAUCACCCAUACAGCCCGUCACACAGUAUUUCCGUGUAUCUUGCAAAACCGCCUGGCCUCCACCCAUCUGACUGUCGUGCGACAAGUUCUCAUUUAACGCACAGCUAUUUAUACUGCGCGCAACUCGAGCAUGAACCCACCAUUGCUCGUCCAGUCCAGUCCAGUCCAGUCCACAAACCAUGGGUGUCCUGCAGGAAUAUUUCAUCAACGUCCGCAGCAGCGUACCGCUGCAGAUCGGCAGCGUCGUCUGCCUGCUGCUGGCCUACCCCAUCUACCAAGGCAUCUACAAUGUCUACUUCCACCCACUGGCCAAAUACCCAGGCCCUAAAGCCUGGGCGGCCUCGCGCAUUCCCUUCGUCUAUCACCUCCUCUCCGGGACGCUGGUCAAACGCCAGCGCGAGCUCCACGAGAAAUAUGGCCCGCACUUCCGCAUGGCGCCCGACGAGAUCUCCUUCGCCAGUGAAGAAGCCUGGCAUGACAUCUACGCCUGGCGACCGGGGCACAAGCGCGCGAUACGCGACCCGGCCUUUAUGAAGGCGCCUGCUGGUCAGGCCGAUAACAUCAUCACGACCAGCAACGUCAAGUUCCACGCUCGCGUGCGCGGGCUGAUGAGCCACUCCUUCACCGACGAUGCCUUGCGCGAGCAGGCGCCUCUGAUCGAAGCUCACGCCGAUACUUUCAUCAACCAGCUAUGGAGCCGAGCCACAGCCCCAGGCAGUGAGAAGACCGGUGGGCUGGUCAACCUCACCGACUGGCUGAACUUCUUCACCAUGGAUGUGAUUGGCGACCUUGCCUUCGGAGAAGCUUUCGGCUGCCUCGACCAGGGAGAAUACCACGACUGGGUGCGCACACUCUUCUUCUACCUAAAGGGAAUGACCAUCGCUGCCGCCCCGCGCUACUGGCCAUGGCUGGAGUUCAUCUUCGAGAAGCUCCUUCCACGUAGAAUCAUGGAGGCGGCAAAGAUCCACCAAAAGUACGCCUUUGACCGGAUUAACCGUCGUCUAGAGUCCAAAACCGAGCGUCCUGACUUUAUGACGCCGUUCAUGAAGCGUAACCCGAACUUCGAGUCAAUGUCUCGAGACGAGAUCCUCUCUUCCUUCACAUUCAUCAUUGUCGGCGGGUCCGAAACAACCGCUACCUCUAUGACUGGCAUCUUCAACCACCUGUGCAAGCCGGAGAGCAAGGAGAUCCUAGCUCGUCUGACACGUGAUAUCCGCGCCGCGUACGCGGAAGAGAAGGAAAUCACGCUCGCAAAAAUCAACACGGUCGAGUUACCCUAUCUCGAUGCCGUGAUUAAUGAAGGCUUGCGUAUCGCGCACCCCGUGCCCGCUGGACUGCCGCGCGUGGUCCCCCCGGGUGGGGAUGAGUAUGCUGGUGUGCCACUUCCUGAAGGCACACGUAUUGGCGUCCGCACCUUUGCCGUAAACCGCUCAACCAAGUACUUCCAUGCACCCGACACCUUCGCCCCGGACCGGUGGCUGCCGGAGGGUGAGCGGCCGGCUGAAUUUGCUGGCGACAAAGUGUCAGCUUCCAAGCCAUUCAGCGUUGGCUUUCACGUGUGUCUGGGUCGUCCUCUGGCGUGGUUAGAGAUGCGCCUAAUUCUGACCCGCACGCUGUGGGCAUUUGAUAUCGCGGAGGAGCAGGGAAUAGCGGUUCGGUUUGAUGACUUCCCCACGAUGAUGAUGGUGGAGAAGCAGGCUAUGAUGAUGAGAUUCAAGGCGAGGAAUGUGGAAAGAAAAUAG